AUGGGCAAUCUUCUCGAUGCAUUGAAAAGAAAGGCACAUCCGGACUGCAUUUUCUGCGACGUGACGCCCGAGAAGGGGUUCAAUGUCGUCGCUCAGGAUGACAAGUUCGUAGCAUUCCACGACCGCAAUCCUGCGUCUAAAGUGCACGUUCUUGUCAUCCCGAAGGACCACCACCGUAUGCGAUUCGACAGAGCUUCGGCGUCCUGCUUGAAUCGACGGAGUGAGUCUUUCUUCCCCGAGCGAUUGGUACGGCUCGCCGCUAACGUGCUCACCAGGUCGUGGAAUCUCGGAUUUCAUAUCCCUCCUUUCAACUCUAUCAACCAUCUCCAUUUGCACGUUCAGGUCCUUCCUUAUAGGUCCACAAUACGCAAGCUGAAGUACAGGAUCGCGGAUGGUCAUGGCUCGCGAACCAAAGGCUUCAGCUGGUUUGCAACCCUUCGUCAGGCCAUAGCUAUCUUGGAGAAAGGCGGCCGCGUGGGGGUGUUACCCUGCUGA